ACCAAAGCCAAGCUUCGAUAUUCUCAUCGUUUUCCUCUGAACGUUACGCAGAAAAGCGUUAGAACACUGACGAUCUGUGAUGGCAUUUUGGCAAAUCGGUGCUCCAUAAGAAGAAGAAGAAGAAGAAGAAGAGAGGAAUGGAGUGGUACUUCGUCGCAGCCCUUCUCACCAUACUUACUAGUUCUCAGAAAUUGGGAGGAUUUCUAUAGCAGAGGCGGGAGAUGUACUGGUUUUAGCUGUGAACUUGUGUUGUAAGAUUGGGACUCUACCUGCUUCUUAUCUUGGUAGUUUAGAACUUAUCUAUCAGAGCCAAAUGUUUGAGAUUCCAAGGCCUGAAAGGUGGUUUGCCUGGGUGGAAGACUUCUUCAUGAAGAGGCUCUUAUCAGUCAUGGGGUUGUAGAAAUGCAUGAGGGACUGGGAGGAAUUUGGGAAUUUUGACAACUCUCUCCCAAAGCAAUGGAGGCUACAAAUAUGAUUAUGCAACUGUACCAUUUCUUGCUGAAGCUUUCAAGCUUGCAGUUUCUGGUUUGCUUCUUUGGAGAGAGUGCCAAAAUUCAUCUCCUAGAAGGAUGACUACAGAAUGGAAGAGUGUGCGUUUAUACCCCAUUCCUUCAAUCAUAUAUCUAAUUCAUAACAAUGUUCAGUUUGCUACCUUGACUUAUGUGGAUACAUCCACAUAUCAGAUAAUGGGUAAUCUGAAGAUUGUCACCACUGGCAUAUUGUUCAGGCUAUUCCUCCAGAGGAAACUGUCUUAUCUGCAGUGGAUGGCAAUAGUUUUAUUGGCUAUUGGAACAACCACAAGCCAGGUAAAAGGAUGUGGGGAGUCUUCAUGUGAGUCUCUUUUUUCAGCACCUAUCCAGGGGUAUAUGUUGGGAAUCCUAUCUGCUUGUUUAUCAGCAUCGGCAGGUGUUUAUACAGAGUUCCUGAUGAAGAAGAACAAUGAUAGCUUGUACUGGCAGAAUGUACAAUUGUAUACGUUUGGUGUGAUUUUCAACAUGGCACGGCUUAUCCUGGACGAUUUCACAGGUGGUUUUGAGAACGGACCAUGGUGGCAACGCCUCUUAAAUGGUUACAGUAUUACAACAUGGCUGGUGGUGUUAAAUCUGGGAUCAACUGGGUUGUUGGUUUCAUGGUUAAUGAAAUAUGCUGACAAUAUUGUGAAGGUUUAUUCCACGUCAAUGGCAAUGCUGCUGACAAUGGUUUUGUCUAUUUACCUCUUCAAUUUCAAGCCAACAUUGCAGCUUUUCUUGGGGAUAAUAAUUUGUAUGAUGUCACUGCACAUGUACUUUGCUCCUCCGAGCAUGCUUGUAGAUUUACCUUCCACGGAGAAAUCAGCGUCUGAGAAUCUAAAUGAAGUUUAUGUUGAACGAAGAACAGAUUCCUGAUGUAUGACUUCUGACAGGAGAAAAGAAAUGCCCCUUGGUUGAUUUCCCCACUCUUAUGGUAUAAAUGUAGAAAUUACAGUAUUACCAACCUAGGUCACGAUUUGGACGUCACGAUUGUGCUGUUGACCCAAUUGUCAAUAUCAAUGGAAGCAAUUUGCCUAUCUUCCCGGAAUUAUGCCAGGACUGUGAGAGCAUAAAGUUACUAGAUCAUUCUUAAGAGUAAUCUAACGGCAGAAAUUAUUAGACACUACUAAAAAGGGAUAAUUAUCCUACCAGAUGAUUUUAGAGACGAAUAGAGAUCAUAAAAUUUUAAGAUGCUCGUGUGUACGGGUCCUAUUUUUAAAUUAAUUUGUGUUACGUUUUUACCGUUGUUUAAAGAAGUCGAGGUUUGUCAAUGCCAUUUCCAGCUCUCCUUUUUGGUUACCUUCAAAUUUUAAAAUGUCAUUACUUUUAUUUUA